UAUCACGCCAUCUGCUUUAUAAAAAGGGUUUUGCUAUACUGCAAGUCACUGUGAGUGUGAAGUUUCCCCCUGUACCUGCUAGCGAUCCGUCCCAGCAAACAUGCCUGAAUACACCAUUGUAUAUUUCAAUGUCCGAGGUCGCUGUGAAGCCAUGCGUAUGCUAAUGGCUGACCAGUGUUUGGAUUGGAAAGAAGAGGUGGUGACAUUUGAUACUUGGACGAAAGGAGACCUCAAAAAAGAAGCUGUAUUUGGCCAACUUCCAGGAUUCAAGGCUGGAGACUUCACCAUAUAUCAGUCAAAUGCCAUACUCCGCCACCUUGCUAGGAAUCAUGGUCUGUAUGGGAAAACUCCAAAUGAGGCUACACAGAUAGACAUGAUAAAUGAUGGAGUGGAGGAUUUCAGGUUGAAGUAUCUCCGUCUCAUUUAUCAAAACUAUGAAAAUGGAAAGGAAGAUUACAUAAAGGCUCUUUGCAAUGAACUUGGUCAUUUUGAGCGCAUACUUUCUAAAAAUAAUGAAGGAAAAGGCUUUCUUGUGGGAGAUCAGAUUUCCUUUGCAGAUUAUAACCUUGUGGACCUGCUCAGGAAUCACCAGGUGUUGGCUCCAGACUGCCUUUCAGGUUCCCCUCUCCUAUCUGCCUAUGUCACCCGCAUCUGUAGCCGUCCUAAGCUUGAAGCCUUCCUUGCCAGUGAUGCCCACAAGAACAGACCAAUCAAUGGCAAUGGCAAGCAGUGAAAUAUGUAAUUUGCUAUCAGGGCUGUGUCUACAACAAUGAGCAAAGAACAGAACAAGGCAAUAUUUUGACAUCUGAUGUUUGUUAAUAAAAAAAAAACAACAAUGUGCA